CGUAACUCUGAUUUGAAGAAACCUGAUCCCUGCUCUCACCCCUUCCAUUGUAUGAGUUAGCAUUUUAUUUGGGGAUCGCGCUCGGUGGUGACUGUCCACCCUGAGCUAUUGCGACCUGCCUCUGCCAUCUCGCACGCUUCCUGUGCUACAGUGUCCCACAUGGCUAAUGAAUCAAGGCCCUGCCCGUGUGAUAUUGGAGACAGGUUUGACUAUGGAGGCCGUGGGCAGGAAGUGCAAGUUGAGCACAUCAAGGCGUACGUUUGCAAACCACCUGCUGGCACAGACAAAGCUGUGAUUGUGAUUCAUGAUAUAUUUGGAUGGCAACUCCCAAACACCAGAUACAUGGCUGAUAUGCUUGCAGCUAAUGGAUACAUAGCCAUCUGCCCAGAUUUUUUUGUGGGACAAGAAGCUUGGAAACCUUCUAAUGACUGGGCGACUUUCGAUGAGUGGCUGAAAACCCGAAACGCUGGCAAAAUAGACAAAGAAGUUGAUGUCAUCCUGAAGUAUCUGAGUGAACAAUGUGGUGCAAAGAAGAUCGGUGUCAUUGGGUUUUGCUGGGGUGGAGCAGCAGUACAACAUCUGAUGCUGAAAAAUCCUCAUUUAAAGACGGGGGUGUCCCUCUAUGGAGUGAUCAGGUUCUUUGAGGACAAAUCCAGUUUGCUUCAUCCCACCUUCUUCAUUUUUGCUGAAAAGGAUGACCAUAUCCCAUUGGAGCAGGUCACCCUACUGGAGCAGAAGCUUAAACAAAACUGUAAAGUUGAUUAUAAAGUUAAAAUUUACCCUGGACAGACGCACGGGUUUGUACAUCGCAAAAGAGAAGAUAUCAAUCCUCAAGAUAAACCUUAUAUUGAGGAAGGAAGAAAGGAUAUGAUCAACUGGCUGAAUAAGUAUCUUUAGCAUAAGUAAAUGCUCAUAAAAUAAAUCCAUUAUUGUAGGAAAUAAAAAAAUAAUACAGACUAUAUUGAUUAAAAUGUUCUUAAAACCAUCAAAAUGUUUUGGAAAACUCUUUUGCAAUAACACUACUUAUUUGCACUUAUCUUCUAAGCAGAUGCUUAGAAAUGGCUUUUCAAAUGCUGAAAACUAUAAUUGUAAAAAAGAUUUAUAAAUUUGAUCUUGCAUAUCUUAAAAUUAGAUUUCUAGAAUCUGAAAGUUUCACUU